AUGGAGUCAGUUCGCACGAACCUCAAGCAUCUUCAGUUUCGUAGUUCUCUCGGUUGUGGAGUUCAAUCAAUUAUCGAUGCGCCACUGGGUGUCCUUUCGAGUGGCCCGCUCCGAACAAAGCCCUGGGCCAGCUGCCACAGCCCCGAUGGGAAGAAUCGCGAUGUCAAUAUGAUGAUGAACAACUUCCUAGGUGGGACGGAUGGGAAAUACCAUCUUCUUUUAUUUACGUAG